AUGGCGAAACGAGAGCUUUCCAGCACGCUCAAGAACUUGAAGUUCAUGCAAAGAGCAGCUCUAAGAGAGGAGAAAUCCAAGAAAGAGGAGGAUGAAGUAAAAUCUGAUGUCCAUAUUUUUGGAACUCCCACAAUAAGUAGAAAAUGCAUCUUCAUAAUGGAAAUUGGUCCCCAUCCAAGAGCAAUUAAAGGUCAGAUGUCAUUUCAAAGUUUUAAUCCACGAAUUGCUGGACGCAACGAAGAAGAUGCAGGGCUCCAUCAGCCAGCAGCUCAAACAUCAAGUUCUAGGAAUCAAAGCGGAAAUAUUUCUAUUAGAGAAAAUGGACUUCCAGUAGAUGGUUCAAACCGUGCGAACACUAGCAAUGAGAUUAGCGGUGACCUCAAAAGGAAACAGUCUGACGCAAUGUCUGAAGCACAAAAUCCAACUAAAUCGCCUAAGAAUGAUAAUGGCGAUGAUCAAUUAUUGCCAAGAAAUAGUUUGGGGUCUUUCAAAAAACCAAAGGGAGAUUAG